UGUAUCUAUGAAUUAUUGUAAACGCGGCAUAAAUUCAGAUAUCAUCUCGCAGAAUGACAACACUGUAGCGACAUCAAUUGACUAUAGAGGGAUUACACUAAAAUUCGAUCCAUUUUAAAUUUGCAAUAACUAUUGUUUUUUUUAAAAUUGUGAAUAUGAGUUGUGGAUUCGUUACUUGUGGUCCAAACGAAGCUCUCGUAGUAUCUGGAUGUUGUUAUAGCAAGCCUUUAUUAGUACCUGGAGGUAGAGUAUUUGUUUGGCCUAUUGUUCAACAAGUACAAAAAAUUUCAUUAAAUACUAUGACUUUACAAGUAGAAAGUCCAACUGUAUAUACUUGUCAAGGUGUACCAAUAUCUGUAACAGGAAUUGCACAGGUUAAAAUACAAGGACAAAAUGAAGAAAUGUUAUCUACAGCAUGUGAACAAUUUCUUGGAAAAACUGAAGAAGAAAUUCAUAAUAUUGCACUUGUAACAUUAGAAGGACAUCAACGAGCAAUAAUGGGAAGCAUGACUGUAGAGGAAAUAUAUAAAGAUCGUAAAAAAUUUAGCAAAGAAGUUUUUGAAGUAGCAAGCAGUGAUCUAGUCAAUAUGGGCAUUACUGUUGUAUCCUAUACAUUAAAAGAUAUUCGAGAUGAAGAAGGGGCAAAGGGAUAUUUAAAAGCUCUUGGAAUGGCCCGAACUGCUGAAGUAAAACGUGAUGCAAGAAUUGGUGAAGCAGAAGCUCGUAGAGAUGCUCAAAUUCGUGAAGCUAUUGCUGAAGAACAAAGAAUGGCUGCUCGUUUUCUUAAUGAUACUGAGAUUGCUAAAGCACAGCGUGAUUUUGAAUUAAAAAAAGCUGCAUAUGAUGUUGAAGUACAAACUAAAAAAGCAGAAGCAGAAAUGGCAUUUGAAUUGCAAGCUGCGAAAACUAAACAAAGAAUUAUGGAAGAACAAAUGCAAAUAAAAGUAGUUGAACGUGGACAAGAAAUUGCAGUACAAGAACAAGAAAUGAUGAGACGUGAACGAGAACUGGAUGCAACUGUUCGACGUCCUGCUGAUGCAGAAAAAUAUAGAUUAGAAAAAAUGGCUGAAGCUAAUAAAAUGCGUUUAGUAAUGGAAGCUGAAGCUGAAGCAGAAGCUAUCAAAAUUCGUGGCGAAGCAGAAGCAUAUGCUAUUAAAGCAAAAGCUACAGCAGAAGCAGAACAAAUGGCAAAAAAAGCUGCUGCAUGGAAUGAAUAUAAAAGUGCUGCUAUGAUUGAUAUGAUGCUGGAUACGCUUCCAAAAGUUGCAGCUGAAGUUGCAGCACCUUUAUCACAAGCAAAGAAAAUAACAAUGGUUUCUAGUGGAAAUGGAACUAUCGGAGCAGAAAAAUUAACUGAAGAAGUAUUUAAUAUAGUAACACGUGUACCAGAAUUGGUUAAGAAUUUAACAGGCGUGGAUAUUGCAAAAUCUGUUCAUGCAGCUUAAUCAAAUGGUACAAAAAUUUUGAAUUUCUUACAUUCACUAUUAAAUAUUGAAAUAUAGAAUGAAUCUUUGAUAUACACAUUUAUUUUAAUAUACUGUUGCAUAUUAAAAUGCAACUUAUAAAUUUUAACUUAACUGAUAUUUUGUUGGACAACAAGUUCGGUAUUUUCACUGCCAAUUAAUUAAAGAUCAUUUUUCAUAGUGCCAAUUUUGAAUGAAUAUUUUCAAAAGAAGUAUAUUUAAAUUGAUAUAUAUUAUUAAAAAUAAAUUAUAUAAUUAUUAUAAAUUGUGAAUAUAUUCG